AUGCCCCCGAGCGCGGAGGUCGAGGUCACGGAGCUCAGCCCUGCAGCCAAUGGCUUCCGCGAGAUCCCCAGAGCGCCCUGCUCUGGCGACGGCACGGUGCGCAAGAACCCGGACAUCUGGGCCAGCUGGAGCGCCGCGCGCGGCGUGGCCAACUUCCCCCGCCAGCUCGCCAUCCUCCGACGUGCCCUGGAGCUGCUCGAGGAUGGUGGCAGGUGCGUGUACAGCACGUGCAGCCUGAACCCCAUCGAGAACGAGGCCGUCGUCGCUGCCGCCAUCGCGCUGCACAACAAGACCAAGGACGCCUUCUACCAGCGGCACAGGCCCACGCUGCUGCGCGAGCUGUGUGGCGCAGACGCCGCGGAGCGCCUCCGGUGCCGGUCCGAGGGCGGCGUCGGGCUCCUGAACCAGGGCGCGACCUGCUACGCAAACUCGCUGCUCCAGGCGCUCUUCUACAUCCCCGAGUUCAGACUCGCCGUGUACAGGUGGCGGCCGGAGCACGACGAGAAGGGAGGCAGCAGAGGUGGCUCGGGGGCAGGCUCGGCGCCCUCUGCGGCGAGCAGCCAGGACCGAAAGCCGUCCCGUGCGAUCGCGGUGCAGCUGCAGCGCAUGUUCGCUCAGAUGCAGCUCUCCUCGACCAGGGCCAUCUCCACUCUGCCGUUCACCACGGCCUGCGACUUCACGGGCUACGGUGCCCGGGUCCAGCAGGACGUCCAGGAGUAUUGCCGCGUGCUAUUUUCCGCGCUCGAGGAGGCGGCCCCGUCCCUUUUCGCUGACGCGGAGAAGAUCUUGGCCGGGCGCGCGAGGAGCUACGUCCGCUGCUGCGAGGCUGGCUUCGCCCCUGGGGAGGCGCCGGAGUCGUGCCGCGAGGAGAAGUUCUUGGACCUGCAGGUGCCCAUCCAGGACUGCAGCUCUCUGGAGGAGGCGCUGCAGAAGCUGUCACAGCCGGAGACGCUGAGCGGCGAGAACCGCUGGCUCUGCGAGGACCUGGGCAGGAAGGUUGACGCCGUGAAGGGCGUGGAGUUCCUGCAUCUGCCCAGCACCCUCUGCAUACAGCUGAUGCGGUUCGCCUUCGACCCCCUGGAGAUGCGGGAGAGCAAGGUCACCAGCAAGCUCAGGAUACCCUUCUGGAUCGACCUCAGCUUCCUGAGGGCCGACGCAGCGGGUGGACCUUUGGAGUACGAGUUGGCUGCCGCAUUCGUGCGCGAGUGGGGCUCUUUUUCGGGCACGGACUGCGGGACAGGAGCUAUGUACGCACAGUGGCGCCACCUCAACGACGCCCAGACUGCCCUUGUGAGCACGCGGGGGAUGACAGGUAACAACAUCUCGGACGUACCGACGGAGGUGUGGGAUGCUGGAGGUGCCGACUCGUCCGGCUUCGCUUCCGACGAUGCGUAUUUUUUGAUAUACCGACAGGUCGGUGUCGGGCAGGAGUUCCCCGUGAUCUCAGAUGAGGAGGUACCCCAGCCGCACCGUUCGGAGAUCGAGGAGGAAAACGUCAAGCUGGCUCUGCUGAGGCGGAUGUGCGCAAUCCGCAAAAAGUUUAUAGAGGUGAAGAUAUACACGCCCACAGGGGCGAGCCUAUUGUUCCAGCAGCGCAUCUCUCAGCAGUUUCGAUCCCUGAUGGACAGGCGCACCCAGAUGUCAGAGAAAGCGCAGCCCAGCGCCUGCCCAGGCGGCUGCGGUUUCGAGAUCACGUGGCACUCCACGCACUGCUGCGCUCUCUGCCGCGACAGCGGCGGCCGUUCGCAUGGGCCGAAGUGUGACAAGAAGUCGUCCGAGGAGAAGGUGGACCAGGCGGGUGCCGUGCCGUGCGCGAACGGCUGCGGCUUCAUCCGGACCUGGCACGAGACCCACUGCUGCGACGCGUGCAGCGUGAGCGACGGCACGACGCACGGCGCCAGGUGCUUGCAGCGCCUCCCCCUCACCGACGCGCACGAGCCGUGCCGCGGGAGUUGCGGCUACGCCCGGACCUGGCACGCGACCCACUGCUGCGCGGCCUGCAAGGCGUCUGGCGGCAAGGAGCACGGCCAGAAGUGCGAGCAGCGCUGGUACCUGCCGGAGCUCAUCCCCGGGGGGCUUCGGGGCUGGUAG